AUGUCCUCGCCUGACGAACAGGUGCCAUGGUAUGAAAAGCGUGGCAUGCCAUUGGCGGUGGAGACGUACGACCUCGACAACCCCAGGCACUUGCUCGACUUCCUGAUCUAUGCCAAUAUUCGCUUGGUGAAGUUCGAGCACCUGAAGAAGCUCUGUGCAGAAGGGAUGUUGUGGCCGCGUCGUGAGGAUGUCAAAGAUGCUUUGGUGAGUCUCCAGGACCUGAAGCACCUGAAUCCGGAAAUGUACUGGCCAAGCGGUUUCCAUCACUUCUCCCGAGUUGGUUCACAGGGCGAGCGGAGAUUUAUACACAUCGUGUCGCUGUCCCACUCCUGGGAGUCUUGCGAGCACGCCGACCCCUGGGGUUGGCAGCUCCAUCGCCUGGUCGAUGCCAUCGAAGCCUUCGAGCAAGAAGUUGCGCAGGACCGUUACCGUGGUUUGGGGAGGAGACACAGGGAGCUCUUCCACGACGACGUGGUCGAGUAUUGGGUCUUCAUCGAUUUCGUCUGCUUGCCGCAGUACAAGCGCAAGCUUCUGGAGGAUGAGUUCUUCCAGCGAGCCAUGGACUCAAUGCAUCUGCUGUACGCGCAUGCGUACCUGACGCGCGUGUUUCGCAUCGAGGAGCUCACGCCCGCAGACUGGAAGCGGAAGCAGCCAACCUCCAUCAGAGUGUAUUGUGAGAAGACGGACCAGGUCGAACGACGGCCGCUCAAGGAUCUAACCGUGAACAGCACGCCCUACUGUCAGCGAGGAUGGUGCAUCGCUGAGUCGCAGUGGAUGAGCACCCGGCGCCAUGUUGUUGGCUUCUCACCGAUGCCCCCCGCCAUUUUCCAGGCCAGGGUGUCUCGAGGAGGAGACGAUGAAGAUGGCCAGCUGGCGGCAGGUUUGCCGCUCAAGUUCACGCACCGCUCGGACGCGCAGCUCGUCAUGCAGUUGCAGGAGAAGGUCUUCUUGGAGAGUGCCGCGAACCGCAGGGUCUUGGAAGCCUUCAAGUUGCCGAAGCAGGAGGUGGAGAUGCUCGCCCAAGCCCUGCCGCACUUCCCCAACUUGGAGGUCUUGGCGAUUCAUGACUGCUGCGACCUUUGCGGUGCCAGUGCCGCGCUGGCCAGAGGCUUGGAGACCUUGGGCAAGAUGUCCAGGAUCCAGAUCAACUGCCGGACGCUGGGUGACACAGGUGCCCAGGUGCUCGUGCAGGCGCUGGCGCCCCGAAUGCCCACCAUGAUCGGGCUGGAUUUCUCGCAUUGCAACCUGGGAGAUGCCGGUGCCGCAGCGCUUGCCUCAGCCCUGCAGUGUGGGCCACCCGAUGAAGUGCGACUCGUUGGGAACCGAAUCGGGGAUCUAGGGGCAGAGGCCAUGGCCCAGGUGUUGCCAUGCGCAUUGUAUCAGAAGGCACCUUUCAGGGGAGCACUCCGCCGAAACUGGCUCUUCACCGACUAUGCCUUCAAGGUCUCUGACGACUUUGCGCCUUCUGGGGGAAUCCGCAUCGAAGUGCGGGUCGGAUCAGACCUGCUGGGGGUUGUCCUUUGCUUCCACAUGUGUGCCCAGCGCGCUAGGACAUUCCCGCAGACUUUUCAGCUGCUAACCGUGCUCUCGGAGCAGCUGGAUCUGGCAGGCACCGCCCCUGCCUGCGGCCCCGCAGCUGGAGGGGAGGCGAUGCCUUUCUGCUCAGGCCGAGGAACUGAAACUCAAGUUUUGAUGCCGGCUCGUCAGUCGCUUCUUUCAAUUCGGGCGAUUCGAAUCUCCUUGGCUGCCGCAGUCCCCAAAGACUCCCGCGCCCCCAUGAGAUCAUCAGCAAUGUGCUCAAACUCCAUGCCUGAAGGCUGGACAUCUUGGAGCUUGGGGCGAAGCUCUUCGAGAAGGUGA